AUGCCGGGUUACGAUAUUAACCGAUUUGUCAAUUUAAGUCAAACAGAUAGGGAUGAAUUGGUUUGCAUUAUAUGUAAGGAUAUAAUGUGCUCACCACUGGUCGCCCAGUGCUGUCAACAAGCAUUUUGUGAAGAAUGUAUAAACAGAUGGUUGGAAUCAAACAAUACCUGUCCUUAUGAUAGAAAACCAUUGACUAUAAAUGGAUUAUCACUUCCGAUGAUAGCGAUAUCAAAUAUAUUAGCAAAGUUACAAAUAACAUGUGAGUAUAAAGACAAUGGUUGCGAUCAAGUGAUAGCAUUGGACCAAUUGGACAAACAUGUUGUCGAUUGUAAGUUUAGUCCUAAAAAGUGUGACAAAUGUCAGUGCAUUGUAUCGCAAGUGUCCAAACAUGACUGUAUCAGUCAAUUGCUUAACAAACAAUCGGAAAUGCAAACUAAGAUUAGGUAA